GGAAUUAAGAGCCACACAUUGAUUUCUUUGUUUGUCUUUCAUUGCAGCAGAACUUGUCUUUGAGACCGGACACUGCCAGUUCAUACCUCCAAAAGCCAUAUGGCGUCAAUGGCUGCGAUCGGUGUUCUCAAAGUGCCGCCUUCCUCCUCCUCCUCCUCUUCUUCAUCUUCUUCUUCAUCCAAAGCCAUUGCACGCAACCUCUCAUUCACUUCAUCACAGCUCUGUGGUGAUAAGAUUUUCACUGUUUCAGGAACAAGAAGAAGUUCAGGUAGAAACCCUUUCAUUGUUUCUCCCAAGGCUGUUUCUGAUUCCAAAAACUCUCAAACUUGUCUUGAUCCAGAUGCUAGCCGAAGUGUUCUUGGCAUUAUACUUGGAGGUGGUGCUGGGACGCGUCUUUAUCCGUUGACAAAGAAGCGGGCGAAACCAGCUGUUCCUCUUGGAGCAAACUAUAGAUUGAUUGACAUCCCUGUUAGCAACUGCCUAAAUAGCAACAUAUCAAAGAUCUAUGUCCUCACACAAUUCAAUUCGGCGUCCUUGAAUCGACACUUGUCCCGUGCGUAUGCGAGCAACUUGGGUGGCUACAAAAAUGAAGGUUUCGUUGAGGUUCUUGCCGCGCAGCAGAGUCCUGAGAAUCCAAAUUGGUUCCAGGGCACUGCGGAUGCGGUGAGGCAAUAUUUAUGGCUUUUUGAAGAGCACAAUGUUUUGGAAUACUUGGUUCUGGCGGGUGACCAUUUGUAUCGAAUGGAUUAUGAGAGAUUUAUACAAGCACACAGGGAAAGUGAUGCUGAUAUCACUGUUGCUGCAUUGCCAAUGGAUGAAGCGCGUGCCACUGCAUUCGGUCUAAUGAAAAUUGAUGAAGAGGGGCGUAUAGUUGAGUUUUCAGAGAAGCCGAAAGGAGAACAGUUGAAAGCUAUGAAGGUUGAUACGACUAUUUUGGGUCUCGACGACGAGAGAGCUAAGGAAAUGCCUUACAUUGCUAGCAUGGGUAUAUAUGUUGUCAGCAAACAUGUGAUGCUAGAUCUGCUCCGCGACAAGUUUCCUGGUGCAAACGACUUUGGUAGCGAAGUUAUUCCUGGUGCGACCGAGCUUGGAUUGAGAGUGCAAGCUUAUUUAUACGAUGGAUACUGGGAAGACAUUGGUACGAUUGAGGCUUUCUAUAAUGCAAAUCUGGGAAUCACCAAAAAGCCUGUGCCAGAUUUUAGUUUCUAUGACCGUUCAUCUCCAAUCUACACCCAACCUCGAUAUUUGCCUCCCUCUAAGAUGCUUGAUGCUGAUAUCACCGAUAGUGUUAUUGGUGAAGGAUGUGUAAUUAAGAAUUGCAAAAUUCACCAUUCUGUCGUUGGACUGCGAUCUUGCAUAUCAGAAGGUGCAAUCAUUGAGGACACGUUGUUAAUGGGAGCAGAUUAUUAUGAGACGGAUGCUGAUAGGAGGUUUUUGGCUGCUAAAGGCGGUGUUCCAAUCGGUAUUGGCAAGAAUUCUCAUAUUAAAAGGGCAAUCAUUGACAAGAAUGCUAGAAUUGGCGACGAUGUCAAGAUUAUUAACAGCGACAAUGUGCAAGAAGCUGCAAGGGAAACGGAAGGUUAUUUCAUAAAAAGUGGUAUUGUCACAGUAAUCAAGGAUGCUUUAAUUCCAAGUGGAACUGUCAUUUAAGAGCACUCUCUACUACUGUUGCCUCAUGCUGCUGUGCAAUGCAACACCCCAUUUUCACCGCUAGAAGGUGGUAAAAGAGCAGUUCCGCUUCCUCGUUGGUUUUCUGGUGCAAUGUUAUAUUUGGUUCGCGAGUAUAUAGAGUAGAGGACCCUUUCUGAAGUCGCGAUGUAAAUUUAAUUUUAUUCAGUCAAAUAAAUGCUUCUUUGGUCUGCAGUGUCUGUGAUGCAUGUUCUUUUGCAGUUUAUCAAAGGUGUGGAAUGAUAUCCACUGAAAACAAUGAAAAGAGAUACAAUAAAAGCCAGACACUAGCUUCUAUUGA